UCCAAAGGUGUUAAGAUGACAUGUUAAAAUGUACUUAUUGAAGAUACGUUAUUGUAUAAAGCUCUGGUAUAAUGGGCUUGCCUGAGCACAAAGGUGCAGUGAUUUAAUUAAAGUUGCAGAUUGAAAUAUCAUGGACAGAAAAUAGUUUGGAUGAUGUGUUUUGCCAGCGUAUCCCUGCAAUUUCAGUUUUAACAAUGGAUAAGUGUAAGCACAUAGGUCGUCUGCGACUGGCCCAAGAUCACUCCAUUCUGAAUCCUCAGAAAUGGCAUUGUGUGGACUGCAAUACUACUGAAUCUGUGUGGGCGUGCCUCAGCUGCUCGCAUGUGGCGUGUGGAAGAUAUAUUGAAGAACAUGCACUAAAGCACUUUCAGGAGAGCAGUCACCCAGUGGCAUUGGAAGUAAAUGAACUGUAUGUUUUCUGUUAUCUCUGUGAUGAUUAUGUUCUUAAUGAUAACGCAACUGGUGAUUUAAAACUGUUGCGAAGUACAUUGAGUGCAAUCAAGAGUCAAAACUAUGAGUGCACUACUCGAAGUGGGAGGACUUUGCGUUCUAUGGCUACAAGUGACGAUUCUUACCUUUCACAUGGUGGUGCCCAAGCCUUGCUUCGGAAUGAAGAUCGCAUGUUCACAGCUCUCUGGCACCGACGGCGUGCGUUCUUGGGCAAAAUAUUCAGAUCAUGGCUUGAGUUGACACCUACUGGAAAAAAGAUUUUGGAAGAAGAAAGGCGUCAGGAAGAAGCAGAGGAAAGAAGGGAUAAAGCUAGGAAGAGAAGACAAGAACGAAAGCGUGAGUUGAAAGCAGAGAUGGAAAAAAUGCCUCCGAGAAAGAGCAGUCGUUUACAAAAUCAGAUUAGAAUGUCCUCAGAAACAGCACCCUGCCUGCAAAAAACAUCACAGAACAUGGAAUCUGUGGCAGAGUUGAAAAAUAUUUAUACCUCAGAUGAAGUAAGAUUGAAAAAAAUAAGUGACUCUCCAAUUAAACGAAGGCCCACAGUGACUCCUGGGGUAACAGGACUGAGAAACCUGGGAAAUACAUGCUAUAUGAAUUCCAUCCUGCAGGUAUUAAGUCACUUACUUAUUUUUCGAGAAUGCUUUUUAAAGCUUGAUCUCAACCAAACUCAGGAACUGCUGGCAACAGCAACCAAUGGUAAAACCAGGUCUUCAUCUAAACAUCUGUCAAUAGCUGCCUCAACAUUACAUGUGACUGAGAACCAAGAGAAAGUAAAGGGAUCCUCUUCUGUGAGGCGGCCUAGUUUAUCCUCUGGAUUAAGUGGAGGAGCAUCAAAAAGUAGAAAUAUGGAACUUAUUCAGCCCAGGGAGCCCAGUUCAAAGCAUAUUUCCCUCUGUCAUGAGCUGCAUACUCUGUUCCAAGUUAUGUGGUCUGGGAAAUGGGCGCUGGUGUCUCCUUUUGCCAUGCUUCAUUCUGUGUGGAGACUAAUUCCAGCCUUCAGAGGAUAUGCCCAACAAGAUGCUCAGGAAUUUCUCUGUGAACUUUUGGAUAAAGUGCAGCAGGAACUGGAGACUACAGGGACCAGAUACCCAGCACUCAUCCCUGCUUCUCAAAGAAAACUUAUAAAACAGGUUUUGAAUGUGGUUAACAACAUUUUUCAUGGACAGCUAUUAAGUCAGGUUACAUGUCUUGCCUGUGACAAUAAAUCAAAUACCAUAGAACCUUUCUGGGACCUGUCCCUGGAGUUUCCUGAGAGGUAUCACUGCAACGGCAAGGAGAUGUCGUCUCAGUAUCCCUGUCUGCUGACAGAAAUGCUGGCCAAGUUUACAGAAACUGAAGCUUUGGAAGGAAAGAUAUAUGCAUGUGAUCAGUGCAACACAAAACGAAGAAAGUUUUCUUCUAAACCAGUUAUACUCACAGAAGCUCAGAAGCAGCUUAUGGUGUGUCGACUACCUCAGGUUCUCAGAUUACACCUUAAACGGUUUAGGUGGUCAGGACGAAACCAUCGUGAGAAGAUUGGCGUACACGUUAAUUUUGAUCAGAUACUGAACAUGGAGCCUUACUGCUGCAGAGAAUCGCUCAAGUCUCUCCUACCUGACUGCUUUAUCUACGACUUGUCUGCUGUGGUAAUGCAUCACGGGAAAGGAUUUGGCUCAGGGCACUACACUGCCUACUGCUACAAUUCAGAAGGAGGAUUUUGGGUACACUGCAAUGAUUCAAAACUCAACAUGUGCACUAUGGAAGAAGUAUGCAAGGCUCAAGCUUACAUUUUGUUUUACAGCCAACGACUUACUCAGGCAAAUGGACGUGGUAAAAUACCAUGUCCUAGCACAGCUGAAAGUCAGCAGCACACAGAUUUAGCUGACUGCUCCAUGGACAGCAGUAGCAGCUAAUCCAAAGCCAGUUAACUGUGUGUAUGGUAAAAGUUUGAAUUGUCAUAACUAUAUAUUUUUAAAUGAAAUGACAGUACAGUAAUGUACAUUUUUACUUUGAAUCUGUGUACAAUGUUUAUAUACUUUUGUAUUAGUUAAAGUACUCUUUACAAUUGUUAGUAAAAGUUUUUAUUGACAGUAAGUAACUUUCUAAGUACCUAGAAUUUCAAUACAGCUAUUUUUUUAAGGAAAAGAUUGCUAUUUGCAUUUAACUCUUACCUCAGGCUGUUUUUUUAAGCUGGUUUUGUAUUUUGAUAAUCUUUUUGAAUUGGUUUAGAAAAAUGAUUUUCAAUGUGCAACUGAUAUUUCUCUGGUUAAUUUUCUAUAUAUGCUUGUGUAUAUUUUAUAGUAUAGUUCUAAUGAUACCAUGAUUCUUACUGUCUACAGGAAUUGCUACUAGGUCUUAAAAUAUUAACAUGCACCAGCAAGGAAUGUUUUACACGUCAAACAGUAACUGA